CUGCCUGCCUUUCCCAUGCCAGGAAAACAGCCCUUUAAUGAACUCAAAGUACCAGAGCAGCCUCCUGACGAAGCUGAUCCAUCGUCUAAUUGGGCCUCUCUGAUUGGCUGGGGAUUGUUGUGAAGGAGACCUUUCUGACACCUCGGCCGUCUAUAUAUACCAUAGCUAAAAAUGCAGAUUUUCACAGCUGCUCAACGCCUGCUUCUGUUAACGCCAUGGCUGCCAAGAUCAAAGCGGAGAAGUUGUGGAUGAUGCUCAAGUCCAGGUACAUCAGCCUGCACCACAGCAUCCCAGGGGCCACAGCCUGCGACCUGAAAACCCAGGGGCUUCCGGUUACCCCACCCCAGUGCCCACACUCCCUGUCCACCCUGCCUGGACCCACCAACUGGCCCGUGCUGGGCAGCCUCGUGGACAUCCUGCGCAAAGGAGGGCUGAAGAGGCAGCACCAGGCGCUGGCCGACUACCACAAGCAGUAUGGGAAAAUUUUCCGCAUGAAGCUGGGAUCGUUUGACUCCGUCCACAUCGGGGCUCCCUGCCUGUUAGAAGCCUUGUACAGAGAGGAGAGCAAUUACCCCAAAAGACUGGAGAUCAAGCCCUGGAAGGCUUACCGAGACUACCGGGACGAAGCCUAUGGUCUCCUAAUAUUGGAAGGGAAGGACUGGCAGCGAGUUCGAAGUGCUUUUCAACAAAAGUUAAUGAAGCCGACAGAAGUGGGGAAAUUAGACACCAAAAUCAAUGAGGUGAUGGUGGACUUGGUGCAAAGAAUGGAUGACGUGCUGACUCCCGAGGGGAAGAUCGAGGACUUGUAUUGUGAACUGAAUAAGUGGUCUCUGGAGAGUAUCUGCCUGGUCCUCUACGAGAAGCGGUUCGGCUUCUUACAGCCGAAUUUAGGAGAAGAAGCCUUGGACUUUAUCACGGCUAUAAAAAAGAUGAUGAGCACCUUCGGUCUGAUGAUGGUGACACCGGUGGAAUUUCACAAACGUCUGAACACCAAAAUCUGGAAAGAUCACACCCAAGCCUGGGACAGCAUCUUCAAAACAGCAAAGUGUCACAUAGACAGAAGACUGAUGAAGCUUUCCGGGAAGGGGGACGAGGAUUUCCUCUGCACCAUCUACAAAGACAGCAAGCUAUCCAAGAAAGAGAUGUACGCCACCAUCACCGAGAUGCUGAUCGGAGCCGUAGAAACGGUGGCAAACAGCUUACUCUGGGCCAUGUUCAACCUUUCCCGAAACCCGCACAUCCAAGAGAAGCUUUACGCCGAAAUCCAAGGGGUUUUGUCGCCCGACCAGGUGCCAUGCGCGGACGACUUGAGGCACAUGCCGUACCUAAAGGCCUGCCUAAAGGAAUCGAUGAGGAUAAACCCCUCGGUGCCGUUCACCACUCGCACUCUGGAUAAGGAGACCGUGCUGGGGGAUUAUGUACUGCCUGAGGGGACGGUCUUGACCAUAAACAGCCAUGUGCUGGGCUCCAAUGAAGAAUGCUACGAUGACUGGUCUGAGUUCCGGCCUGAACGUUGGCUGCAGGUCAAGAACACCAUCAACCCUUUCGCCCACGUCCCAUUUGGCAUUGGAAAGCGAAUGUGCAUCGGACGCCGGCUAGCUGAGCUUCAAUUGCAGCUUGGCAUUUGUUGGCUCGUCAGGAGAUAUAACAUCGUAGCCACUGAUAACCAUCCUGUGGACACCUUACAUUUGGGGACUCUGAUGCCAAGCAGAGAGCUGCCGGUGGCCUUCCUUCGCAGGUAGACCCAAGUGUCUCUCCACGUGACGCAUCCGAAGAUGGCUGAGCGAGCUGUACCCAGUUUCUGCUUCAUUUACUGACUGCGCAGAUUUCAGGCCUUGAACCCUGCGAGAUCAGGCGAAUGGCCAGUGUUUACAGCCCUCCCCGACGUCAGAGCGCCAGAGCUGGCAAAGGUCGAUUUCCAUGAUGGAAGCGCGGAGCCGCCCACACUGCUCCCAACCUAAACAGAGGCGCUUGUACAAUCUACUGUUUGUUUUUCUAGAAGUAGGUCAGAUUGGCAAUGGUGCUGAUAAGAUGGGGCAGAUAACGUGAGCGAAAGUUCACAGGAGUUCAUCGUAGCUGUUGACUCGAUCUUCACACCCGUGAGGUCCUAAAACAACAACACACUGACACUUGGAGGUCCCAGACCAGAGACAAACCGCCAGUAAGGGGUUCCAGAACAGUAACACACUGACACUUGGAGGUCCCAGACCAGAGACAAACCGCCAGUAAGGGGUUCCAGAACAGUAACACACUGACACUUGGAGGUUCCAGAGCAGAGACAAACCGCCAGUAAGGGGUUCCAGAACAGUAUCACACUGACACUUGGAGGUCCAGAACAAUGACACACUGACACUUGGGGGUCCAGAA